AUGGCUCCAUUCCCGCCGCUGAACGCUGGUCCUUGCUUAGUGGUGCCCGCCGCGGAACCGAAUCCUGUCCGCGGAAGCUUUCCCCCCUUUUACUCCGCACAACGCCGCCUGCCUGCGCGCUCGCUGCGCGGAGACCCUCCUAGCGGGCCCGCGGGCCCCCUCCCCAUUGCGCCGGCUCCGAAUGUGUGGGGCACCGCGAGCGCGCAUCGCGUUCCCACCGCGGGCUUUCUUCCCGUCGUUCCCGAGGCCCUAGCUGCCGUGACGGGCGGCUCGAGCCCCGUGCAUGGCCUCGUAUCGUUGCCUGAGCGCCUUCACGGUCUCUUCACCUCCACUGACUUUAUCCCUUCCGCCCAGUUACCCCCCAGCGCGCAUGACGCCGCCUCCCGUGCUGCCGCUCGCCGACCCUUACCCGCCGCGUCGUUGAUGCUGCCGCCUCAGGAGCCACGAGCCAGAACCACAGCCGCGUCAGCUGCAACCUCGGCGGCAGCGCGUUGGGAGAGCGACUCGGCGGCCACGCUAGCAGCGCCGCUGACGGCGUCGACGAGCGCGGCGCGGGAGGCGGGGUUUGCGACAUUUGCGGGCGCUGAUCGCCUCGUCGACGAUGGCGCCUCGAGGUGGCGGAGGCGACUGGAGCUGCGCGGCAAGCCCGUCGCCGCCGCCAGCGGCGGUUCACCGCACGCUGCGGAGGCAGGCGCAACAUGGGCCUUCCCCUCAGCGGAACAGCUGGUAGCAGCAGCGGAGGGGGCGGCAGUAGCAUCGAAUGCAUCGAAGGGCGGAGGCGGGGGAAUGGAGGGCGUGGUGGGGGCCUGGGGCACGUGGGACACGGCGUGGGGCACGAUGGGAAUGGACGCGGGGAUGAGCAGUGCCGGCACUGACUUGGGCAUGGGCAUGGAUAUGACCGCUGACAUGAGCACGGGCAUGGGUGUUGGCGUGGGCGCGGGAAUGAGCACGGGCUCGGGGAUGGGCACGGGGAUGGGCACGGCGAUGGGGACGGCGAUGGGCACGGGGAUGGGGACGGGCAUGGGCACGGGGAUGGGCACGGGGAUGGGCACGGGGAUGGGCACGGGGAUGGGGAUGGACAUAGAGGCGGCGGUGGAGAUGGAGUUGCGAUGCGCGGAGGAGCUGCUCAGACGCACCGCCAUGGUGCCCGACGCCGAGGCGCCGGCCGUCGCGCCCGACGGCGAGGGUGAGGGGUCGGCCAUGGCUCUGCGCGACGCCGAGGCGCUGCCGGCAGAGGCUAUGGCUGUGGUGACAGAGGGCGAGGAGCCGGCAGAGAGCAUCGCGGAUCCCGCACCGCACGCUCUUGCUCUCGCUGCAGCGCAAACACCGCCCGCAUCCGGCGGCGAUGCACCCUCUCCUGGUGCCGCGCCAGAAGUCGCGCGCUUAUCCCGCCGCAACACGUGGUCCGCGGCGCCGUUUCCAUCGUCAGCGGACGCGGCGCUGAUGCAGGCGAUGGAGCUGGACCGCCUCGAGCACGACGCCGCCAUGGCGCGCCUCACCGCCAUGGCCGCAGCUCACGCCGCCAAUCGCGGCCCGCCUGCCGCCCCGCCAAUUGCAUCCACCCUCCCCUCCCCGACCGCCCGCAGCACCCGCCUGUCCGCGGCACCGGCUUCCGCUGCGCGCGCUGCUGACGCCAUUAUGACAGCUGCGCCCGCCGCCGCCAUGCCCGCCGCCAUGGCCGACGGCGCUAUGGAUGCUCCCUUCCUGCCCGCCCUCGACUUCCCCUCGCGCCCCAAGCGCGCCAAGCCGCUCCACCCGCCCGUGCUGCCCGCAGAUCGCGCUCCCCCCGCCAGCCCAGCAGCCGUCUCAUUGGCUGAGGCCUUCCGCAUGGAGGCGCUCCGAGCAGGCUGGGGGAAGAAAGACGGGGAGGGGGAGGGGGAGAUGCGGGAGGGAGGGAUGCAGGAGAGUGGCGGGCAGGGCGACGAGACAUGGCAGGGCGGAGAAGGAGGCGAGCCAGCAGGGGGAGAAAGCGCGGCUUGUGGGGCCUCCAGCUGUCACACGAGCACGCAGGGGGGCGCGUGUGAAGGGGACGGGGAAGCAGUGCACGCGGAGAUGCCCGGAGGCUCGGAGGGGCAGGCAGACGGGGAUGGCGGGGUGGAAGAGCGGGGGAGGGAGGCAGUGAUGGAGGAACCCAUCAGCAGCGGAGCUGGGGGCCUGCGGAAACCAUCGAGGCCAGCCGGGGAGGACACUGCUAGUGGCGGGGGUGGAAAGCCAGUCGAGGUGACAGCAGCAGCAGGAGCAGCGUGUGCAGGGCGUGCAGGGGGAGCGAUCUUUGACCCCUGGGCCCCCACCCGCACCACCACGUUCACCACCGCCCACCUGCCAGGCAUCGCCCCAGCCGUGCACGAGCUGCUAGCGCGGCGGUUUGCAGCGAAUCAAGAGCCCUCCGCCCUGCCUGCUGUGGCGCCCGCUGUGGCGCCAGAGGUGCAGCAGCUGUUUGCUCGCCGUCACACCCAUUUUCUCGAUAUUGCCGCCUUCAUUGCUCAAUUAGCUGAUCCCCAGGAUCAUAGUGCAAGGCAGAUAUGGUAUCCGGUGCCGAGCGCGACGAAACGGAUGCGAGGCGCAGCAGAAUCAGGCACGAUUAUGGAGGAGGGCGGGGGAGAGGGAGGGGCGAAGAGGGGGCAAGGGGAUGCGUGGAAAGACGGACAUGGAUGCGAGGAGCGGGGAAGGGAGGCAGAGGCUGCGACGGAGAGGCAGGCGAGCGGGGGAUUGGCGGGGAGCGAGGAGAGUGCGCGGGGGGAUGGGAGCGAGCGGGAUGGCUGUGGCUCGCGCGAGACAUACGCUCAAGGAGGAGGAAACGAGAGGGCGAGGGAGGAGGUGAAGCAAGAGAUGGUGGAGGUGGCGAUGCAAGGCGGUGUGUAUGAGAGCGCACAAGCAUUUGUGCGCUUACCCCCGCGCACGCAUGCGCCUGUACUUUUUCAUCCUGCGCCCUCAGCAGCAGCAGCAGCAGCAGCAGCAGCAGCAGCAGCAGCAGCAGCAGCAGUAGCAGAGGAUGGCAAGGAGAGGCAUGAGGAGGCAAGGCGGUUGAGAGGGGCAGAUGUGGCAAGGGAUAGCCAGCAUGGCGCGGACAGGGGGCGAGGGGAUGAGGGGUUGGCAGGGACGCGGGCAGCGCACACUGGGGAUGGCAGCGAUGGGGUGGCACAGGGACAGACGCGUGGAGGAAGGGAGGCAGGGCACAGUGGCGAGUGCGAAGGGGGGAAUGAGGGGGGCCAUGAGGGGGCGAAGCUGAGAUGGGGGGAGCAAACGUCAGCAGAGCAGGCAUCAGAUGCGAGGGCAUGUGAGGAGUUGCUGCAGCUUGGCAGCGAGAGAGGGGACAGAGGGGAGAGGCAGGAGGUGAGGCAAGGGAGCAGUGCAUCUGGGGGUGGUGGGGGAAGGGAAGCAGAUGGGGCAAGGAGCAGCCAAUGUCCUCACAACCCCAUGCCAUGCCCACCCCAUGAUUCUGUGCCAUGCGCGGGAGCGGCUGUGCAGGGCACUGACAAGGCAGCAAAGCUGCCCGUUGCACCUGAGAGCCGCCCUGGCAGUCGCUCUGAGCGUUGCUCUGAAGGUGGCUCUGCUGUGCCUCAGGAACAGCAGGCUGAAGUUGGCCGCAAUAUUCCUGGCUGCUCUCCACAGGGGCAGGUUGCAGAGGCAGAGAGAAGUGGUGGUGAUCCGUCUCUGCCUCGUGCUGCGACUGCUCAUGGGAAUGUCACAGGUGCUGCUGCUGAUGCGGACCCGCCCUCGCCGCCUCCCAACAGCACUCCACAGCCACGACACAAGGAGGUUCCACGUCAGCAACUGCGCAGUUGCGACACGUCAGCACAAGCAGAGCCAGGCAACGUCACGGGCACAAGUGAGGAAGCAAGAGACGGAGAGGCUGUUGCCGUUCCAUACCAUGUUCUUGCCCCUCGUGUCUUUACAGAAUUGCAAGGCUUGCUGAUGGAUACCCACGUGGCUCUUGAGGAUUUGGGAGCAGUUGUAAAUGAGGCGGUGAUGACGUGGCAUCCGGACGUGCGGGCAAUGGCGCGAGAGAAUGUGUGGGAUGCGGCGAAGGGGACGGUUGCGAGGGUGGAAAGGAAGGCUAUCAAGCCUCUUAACGCCGUAUCGAUCGCCAUGGAGGAGGAGGCGAUAGAGCGAGCCGUGCUGGCGUACCUGCGUCGCAAGGGCUACAAGAAUGCUGAGCUCGCGUUUAAAGACGACUCUAAGACCCAGUCGCUCGAUGCGCUAGUUACGGUUGGCGGGAAGGCCGCAGCUGCUGAGCUGGACAAGAAUCUAGCCAAUCAGAUUAUGCUUUACAGCAGGUCUGAGAAGGCGCCAGCAUGCUAUGUGGAAGGCUAUCGGAAGCUUCGUGCGUGGGUGCAUUCCUCACUAGACCUCUACAAGAACGAGCUACUGCGCGUGCUGUACCCGGUGUUCGUGCACGCCUUUCUCGAGCUCGUCGCGCAGGACCACCCCGAGGCGGCGCGCGCGCUGAUGGAGGCGCACGGCGCGGACCACGCGCGGCUGCACGCCAGCGACCUCGCGCAGCUCGCGGGCAUCAGCUCCUCGCAGCACGCCCAGGAGAGCCCCCUCGCUCGCGCCUUCCGCGAUAAUAAAGCCGUCAUCCGCAUGUGCCAGUACUCGUUCGACCUGCUGCUGCAGUUCCUGCACGCCGCUGACCUCAUGGCCAUCCUCGCCCUCGUCAACCGCCACAUCCACAUCAUCGGUGGGUCGCUGUGCCGCGCUCACAUGCACACAUCAACGUUACCUUGCAUCCAUGCCGUUUUGCUUCUUCCCAGUGUUGCACCCGUUAAUGGCCCACACGCCCAAUCGCUGCACCCAUGCGUACACCACCACCACCUCCCUGACCCUCCCUCUCUUUUCUCCCCGCCCAUUCUCCCUCCCUCGCUCCCUUGCCCUUUCCUCCCCUUUUAUAUCCUUCCCCCACCCCCUUCAAACUCUCCCUCUUCCCCCCCCACUUUUCCCUUCCACGCCCUCUUUCCACCCCCGCCCGCGCGCGCAGUGCACGCGGGACAACCAGCAGCGCAGGAGGAGGAGGAGGACGAGGCGACGGGCAUGGUCUCCAGCGCAGGGGCGGACGGGGGGGCCGGAAUGCUGGCGGGGGUGGUGACGGGGGCGUCACACGAGGCAAUGAAGCGCAUGGGGCAGCGCGAGGUGCUGUGGGGCGCGCUGGAGGACGGGGUGGAGCAUCGAUUGGAGCAGGAGAGGGAGAGGGAGGCUGAGAGGGAGGAGGGCGACGAGGGCGACGGGGAGGACGGCAAGAAGCGGGCGGCGGACGGCAAGGCAGCAGCAGGGGGGCCGGGCAAGAAGGGCAAGAAGGAAAAGGCGGGGGAGAAGGACGCGCUCAAGGGGGGCGCGGGGGGCGGAGCAGGGGGGGCAGCGGGGGCAGGGGGAGGUGCUGGAGGCAAAGGGGGGAAGGCGGGGGAGGGCAAGGGGGCGGGCGGGGCUGCUGCAGUGACAGGCACGCGCGUGGCGUCGCACCUGCCUCUCCCCAACAUGAGGGAGGAGGCAGAGAAGCAGGUGUUUGACGACUUGAGGCGGCGAGUGGCCCUAGGGGCGCAGGCACUGCCGUCCGUGUGCUGCUACACGCUGCUGCAUGCCCACUCCAGGUGCGUUCUGAGUCGGCUCAAUAGUGAUGCUGGGGGCGCAGGCACUGCCGUCUGUGUGCUGCUACGCACUGCUGCACGCUCACUCCAGGUAACCACUGCUGCUACGCACUGCUGCACGCUCACUCCCGGUGCGCUCUGCUCUUCCCUGCUGGGCUGGGACGUGCUGUGCUGCUGCAAGCACACACUAGUGUCGGUUGCUCCUGAUGGUGCGCUGCUGGCUGCAGGCUUCAAUGACUCCUCCAUCAAGGUGUGGGACAUGCGAUCCAUUGGCUCCUCCCCCCUGCCGCAAGCCGCCCUAUCCCUCGACACCUCAGCAGCAGCCGAAGCCCCAGCCAUGCACCACACCCCACGUGGACACUCCACAGCCACCCCCACCACCACCACCACCCCCACCCCCAGCACCACCAGCAAACGUUACAUGGCCCUGAGGGGUCACAGCGGCGUGGUGCACGCAACCUCCUUCAGCCCGUCAGACGACCGCUUUCUCCUCUCCGCGUCCUCCGAUGCGUCGGUGCGGCUGUGGCAUCUGGGGCUGGGCGCGUGCCUGGUGGCGUAUCGCGCGCACUGCUACCCCGUGUGGGACGUGCAGCACUCACCCGUGGGCCACUACUUUGCCACGGCCUCGUAUGACCGUACGGCACGCGUGUGGAGCAUGGAGCGCUCGUAUCCUCUCCGUAUCAUGGCUGGCCACCUGUCCGAUGUGCAUGCGGUGCGGUGGCACGCCAACUGCAACUACAUCGCCACGUGCUCCAGCGACAAGACGCUGCGCCUGUGGGACGUGCAGACGGGCGAAUGCUGCCGAGUCUUUGCCGCCCACCGCUCGCCCGUGUACGCACUCGCCACGUCCCCGGACGGCCGCUUCCUGGCAUCAGGCGAUGAGGGAGGCACCGUGCUGCUGUGGGACCUGGGCACGGGCCGCUGCAUUGCGCCCCUGCUGGGCCACACCGGUUGCGUGUGGACGCUAGCUUUCAGUGGCGAGUCAGCAGUGCUGGCAUCAGGGGCAGCGGACGACACAGUGCGGCUGUGGGACGUCGCUGCUGCCAGCAAGCUCGCCCCCAACGAGGCCAAGACAUCAGUGGGCCGGCGGUUGCGCCUUCUCAAGACCUUCCCCACCAAGUCAACACCCAUCUCCGCGCUGCAGGUACCCCCCUGUCACCGCUCUUCUUUGUUUUCCUCAUGCCUUUUCCACAACACCUGUAUUGUGCUCCCCGUGCAAGCGUCUAGUCCCCCUUGCCAACUCCCUUUGCAAGUCCCCGGCUCAAUCCCCCUUUUCGGUCACCCAGUGCCUCCGUUCAACUCACCCUGUAAUUCCCAAUCCCCCCAUCUCUCGACCUCUCCCACUGCAUCCUCGAUUCCACCACACCCCUCUCAGCAGUUCACGCGGCGCAACCUGCUUGUGGCAGCUGGGGCCUUCAAACACUCUGAUAACACACCUUGA